GCUUUACCCAUGAUAUGUUAUCGCCUUGAGACACCCAGUGAUUGAUUUGCCAUUCAUGUCCGUCACAGGACGGCCAGGUGCGGAGAAGCGCCUGGGAUGAUUGGAGAUUGCGGCUCCACCUGCCAAAACAGCCUGGAGAUACUCCGCUUCGGGGUCACAUACUUGAACCAAACUGCUACCAGAGGAGAUAAGAAGCCAUCAAGCCGCUCAAAAUACGGAAUUCCAUCGUGUUAUAGCACCAGCACAGACUUCCUCUGCAGCUAUGACUGUCAAGCAGCUCCCAAUCCGACGCAUCGACCGGGCCGACGUGGAGGCCAUCAUCCAAGCUAUCAUCGAGGAUGGCUGCAGUAUCAUCAAGGAUUUCACCGAUGUAGCGACUGUGAAGCAGGUUAAUGAGGAGGUACAGCCCUACCUUGAUGCCGACAAGCCAUGGAAGGGUGAUCUUUUCCCACCCGAAACCCGCCGCUGUGCGAACCUCGCAGGUCGCAGCAAGUCUGCCCGGGAGAAUUGGCUGAUUGACCCGCUCACUCGUACAUUAACAGCAAAAUUCGUUGACAAGACGACUUCCAACUUCUACGGAGAAACGAAGCAUACGUAUACCAGCGAGGCGAUAUGCUCGAUCGCGAUGACUUUUGACAUUGGGCCCGGCGCGAAGGCACAGCGGCUUCAUCGUGACGACAAGAACUUUCAUGUUGAUCAUGAAGAUCAGAGCGCUACGGGCUAUCGGGUGGGCUCGGAUGUGAUGAUGGCAUUCAUGGUUCCCGGGAUCAAGACAACAGUCGAGAAUGGUGCUACCAUCGCCAUCCCCGGUAGUCACCUGUGGGGAUCCGACCGGGCACCCAAGCUGGACGAGGCCGUGGCGGCGGAGAUGAAUGUGACCGACUGCUGGGUGAUGCUGGGAGGACUGUACCAUGCAGGGGGUGCGAAUGUCACACAAAACGAACGACGGGUGGUACAUGGCAUGUUCUUCACGCGCGGAUUCCAUCGACAGGAGGAAAAUGUCUAUCUUGCCAACACAGCUGAAGAAGUUCUAUCUUGGUCUCCGGAGGCUCAGAAAGUGAUGGGAUACGAGGUAUCUAGCCCCAAUAUUGGCUUUGUGAACUUUCAGACCCCACUUCAGUAUUUGCGCGGAGAGGGAGUCGGGGACGCAUUUGUGGACUUUGACCCUUCCCAGGAGCAACCGAAAUGAGUGGCAACUGAUCCCAACCGCGUAGUUUGUCGUUGCACUGCAGCCAUUAGUACAAGUGGUAUCCUGAAGCCCAGUUAGUCUCCGAUCUAAAUUUGAAAUAACACUUCUGAGAUUAUCUCUGAUCGGCUU